AUGAUCAUGUCUCAGGCGGCUGCGGGAGGCUCUCUAGAGAUCGUUUCAUGUUUGCUAGCUCAAGGUUGUGACGUGAGCGCCAAGAAUAUCCGCGGGCACGAACCUAUUGCCUUGUGCACAGUCGAGAAGACUCGAGCUUUGCUGACGAGAGCUAUGACUACCCUUACCUGUUUCGCCACAGGUUAG